AUGAGCAUCUUCGGUUAUCUCACUUAUCGGAAUAUUCACUCAACGCGAGCGCUUGCUGAACAACAAGCGGAUCGUCAAUUGAUGAAAAUGAUUUUAAUUGAAACCGUAUUAGUUAUAAUCAGUUACAUACAAUAUGGAGUCAAUGGCGCUUAUACAGUAAUCACUGCUGGAAUGGUCAAAGACAGCAAUCGACUAAGCAUUGAAAAUUUUGUUGCCACGUUGUCGAAUUUGAUGUGUUAUUUAUAUUUUUCGGGAAGUUGUUAUAUGUUUAUGUUAUCAUCGAGUCGUUUUCGUGCAGCAGUCAAACGACUAUUUUGCUGUCUGCGAGCAACAAAUCAGAUCAAUCCAAAUAUCUAA